UGCAUAGUUUGGUUGGUGUCUUUCAAAAUGGCGGAGAAAACGAGCGUGGACAGCAGCGCGGGAAAGGCAACUCAAUUGCCAAUCGCAAGAGUCAAAACAAUCAUGAAAAGUUCUCCGGAACAGCCACAUUUCAGUCAAGAUUCAGUUUUCCUAAUAACAAAAGCCACGGAAUUAUUUAUUGACUAUCUUACCAUCACUGCUUAUAAACAGGAGAGUGAUUCAAAGCAACUGACCUACAAGGGACUCUCUAAAGUAGUGGAAGAUGAAGAAAAACUUCAAUUUCUUGGAGAUAUUGUCCCUCCUAAAGUGCUUGUCAAAGACUUUUUGGAAAGUUUGAAGAAAAAGUCCAGAAUGUCUCCCUUUGAUGUAGACAGCUCAAGCUCAGAGUCAGAAUAACUGGAGUUAAAGUUUGGAAAGAAGUUGACUGUUCACAAAUUUACAGUUGUCAAAACAAUUAUCUGAUGCUGCAAGCUUGUGCACUUCCUCUCAUUUUACGUAGUUUGGCUGAACAUUGAAUCACAAAAACUUCUCUGAAAACAGUGACCCCCUGUCAUCUUACUUGAGCAGAUGAUGAGCACUCAACUACCCAAGAUGCAAUAAGGUUUAGUUUGCAUCUGAAUGGUUGAGCAGGUGUCGUAAGACAGUAACAGCACGGUGGCCAAGACCGCAACCACUCAGUUGAUUAAACCAAAUUACCUUGUUAUACUCCUCAA